CGUACUCGUACAGGAGGAAGCUAUCCAAGUUAUCACUCGCGGAAGCGGGACUCGGAUUGCAGUGUUGCAGAAUCAGGAGGAGAAAAUUAGGGCUAAGAGGGGCCAUAAAAUAUACCCCCCCCCCUGUACUGUACGCCUUCCCCCGUCAAGUCUUAGCAUCCACCCACACCUUCAACAUUCGGCUUCCUCCAACUUCUCAACCCCCCUCCUAAUCGCCUCGGACCCUCUGCUGGUCAGACUCCCGUUUGAUUUGAUCGAUCGAUCAGCGUUGAUAGGCCUCGUCUUGCUCCGAACAAAGACUAGCCCAACAAUUUCUGCAUCACAUCCAGCACCUGUCUUUGCGGGCAUAGACCCCCCUUUCCCUUGUCCUUUGCCCCCCCCCCGGUGGAUGCUUCCUAGCUGAAAUUCCGCCUGAAGGAGACACGACCCGAGAGAGAAAGGUUGAAAAGAAGAAAAGAAAAAAAAGGAAGGAAGAAGGGCCUUCCAAUUGAUUGAGACAACUUACAGUUGUAGAAUGAAUUCCUGCGCUCUACCCUCGGAGCGGGCUCACCAGCUUCCAUCCUACGCACACUCUCCUCCAUCUCUGCGACUUCAUAGUCGUUUGGCUUCUCCACCAUACUCACCUCAGUCACCAGUUCGCCGAAAACCGGUGCCUCGCGGCCCCUCCUCUGUCGUUUCUCCCGUCGGCACACAAACUCCGGAUCAGUCACCGAGGCAACUAUACUCUGACAGCGAGUACUCUCUACCGCCGGACACAGAUCGCUCAAUAAAGCUUGGCAUAACCUCUCCUGCCCCCUUCGAUCUUCCCAUCUCAGACUCAGGAGAAUUUGUUGUUCGAGAUUUAGACAGAUACCCACACGGGGACUCUCCUAGUCUUGCACAGCGCUCGUGGGUUCUUUCUCCCAGUGGUGAAGUUGAUAUCCGGAUACAGCAGCCCUCACCUCGCCCCUAUCUUCCAUCUCCUCUAGUGCCCAAUUCUAGCCAUGCGAGAGUCCGGAGCGACUCUUCACUGAGCAGAUCGAAUACUCCAGAGCAAGCAUUUGAGCCGAACCGGCGAGCCAGCUCCAUAAUGGCGAGCUUGCCCCAUGCAGCACCGAACUUGGGCCUCCCAGAGGGUUCAUAUCGCACACACUCCCCUUCAACUUCAGACGUGACGGACGAGAUGAGUAAGCCAAGGUCACCGAAUGGCAGAUUCACCUCCUUUUUCCGAUGGGGGAGUACUUCGGAACAAGGAGGGUCAUCUUCCACCUCAGUUUCUGAUCGAGGGCCCUCUCCGGUACCUUCUCCGAAGACGGUCGUUGCACCUUCUACAUCACCAUCGAGCCGGUCGAUACCACCUGCAAUUGAUAUACCACUUGCAAAUGCCAGGUUACCUACCGGCUUACACUCAGAUUCGGGGGUCUCCCUGGCGCCUCCAACUCCCUCAUCCUACGAGGCUAUUGAGGAGGAGGUUCGUUUGGUUUCUGCGGAUCUGGCGGCGUCAAUCCGUAGGGAGAUGGACUUGGAGGAUCUUGUCGAGAGAUUGCAGGCGGAGGCCGCGGAAAGGAAUGGAGAGGGGAAACGGACAAGCGAUUAUUUCUCUGAUGCCGGAAGUUCGACAAGAUACCUGGACAUAGAGACAAAGGUUGAGGUAGAUGUUGAGAAGUUGACAAGAAAGGCGGAACAAGAGAAAUCUCAAGUCCAGGUAGAGCUUCUGGGGAAAAUACAAGAAGAGAGACAACGGCGAAAAGCCAUGGAAUCACGUGUUAGAGAUCUCGAGGAACAAGUUGCUAGGGUAAGAAUUGCACAGUUUCUAGCUACAGAUACUUCAGGACGGAUAAAGGAGUUGGAGGUUACUCUGGACGAAGCGAAGCGUCGGCUUGCAGACGAGCGGCAAAUGAAAGAAAACUAUGAAGACCUUUUAACGGCCUUGAGGGGGGAAUUGGAGGAACAUCGGAAUGAACGUGAUAAUCUCAGGGAUGAAAUUGUGCCUCAGCUCCGGGCCCGAAUGGAGGGAUUAGAGUCGGAGGCGUCGGAAUUGCAAAAGCUCAUGUAUGAACAUUCUCGGAUGCAGCAGGAGUUGCUCAAUCUCAAAAAUGAGAAUGCAUCAUUAGCUUCGACUGUCCGCAAUCAAACUCGACAAUCCCACCGAUUUUCUGUUCCUGCGUCAGGAUUUGCAACACCCACCUCAGCUGGUCCAGGUCUCCCCAUGAUAUUAAAUAUGAGAGAUAAAGAGACACUGGUGGAAAAGGUAAAAGAUAUUGAGGAACAGCGGGAUGCUCUGCACGCGGCUUUGAAGAGCUUACGCGAGAGACAAAAGUAUGAGAGCCGGAUGGCUAAGGAGAGGAUCAGAGUGUUGGAAGCGGAACGUGACAAGGCGCUCCAGCAGACAAAUAGGCGAUAUGGAAAGGACCGGGAAAUGAGGUCUCUUUGGAGGGAAAUGGAGCGAUUGCGCCAACGAGCUGACGACGCAUUGGAGCAAAAGUUUACGUGUGAACGGGGUCUUGGGACGUUAAAAAUGGACUUGGAAAAGGCCGAACAGGAGACAAGUUCGUUACGGGCUCUUCUCCAGGAACAUGAUGUGCUAGAAUCGCAACGCGCUAUCGAGAGGUUGCGGCAGAGCGUUGCGCAGGCGGAAGCGGAGAGAGAUACCGCACAGGUAGAAGCUGAGGCCUAUCGUAAGCGGUCGGAGUCCCUUGCGGGGUCAGAGAAGAAACACAUGGCAGAGGAGAGAAACCUUAGCAUGCAACUGAGGCUCUCCACAGAGCGCAUCGCAGAAUUGGUUGUGCAAGUGCACGCUCAGCUUGAGUCGAACAAUGCCCUGAGAGAUCGUUUGGCGGAUGCCAUUGGCCGCGGGGAGGAGGAGCAAAAGAUGUCGGCGAAGAGAAUAAACGAGCUCCAAGGAAGGCUGAAGGAGUUGGAGGAUAGGGUUCUGGAAGCACAGCAAGAGACAGAAGAUGCUGUCGCUAAACAUGAGCAGGAGAUCAACCAGCUGAAGGAGACACAUACUUCGCAACUGCGAAGAUUGAAAUCGUCAGCUCUGCGAUCGCCGUCCCAGUUCGGGCCCAGAUCCCCAUUGCUAUCUCCUCACCUCAAGUCGCCUAAACUAGAGUGGACAGGGAGCCGAAAGUCUGUUAGCUCGAUUCCUGACGAGGCGAAGGUCGAAUUCUUGGAGAAGCGUGUUCAGGAGCUCGAGGAGGCUCUAGUACAGGCAGACAAUGAAAUGGCCGAAGUUGUCAGCAAGAUGAACAUGGCGCAGAUUGAAGUCUUGGAGCUUCAGUGCGAGAGGUAACCUCGCGAUAUCUUGGGCUAAUAAUAUAGGAAUGAAGAGCUGAUAGUGAUAACAACAGAGACGAUGCCAUGCGCCAAACAAGACGACUACAAGCCGACAUUGCCGCUGAAAGAGUGAAAUACCUUGAAUCAAUGCAAUGAUUUCAGUACAUUCCUGCCUUCCCCCAAAGUUAACGCACGCUAUGUUCAUCAGGUUUAUGGGGCUUUAUCAUAGACUUUUUUUUCUUUGAUUUCAAAAGGCGCAAUUUUCAAUUUUGAUUUCAAUUCUGAGUAUCCACCAUUCCAUAUAUUCCCCCUCCGCCUUGUUCGAUUCCCUUUUUCUUCUUUCAUCUUUUCCUCUUUUCUGCCUUUUCGUUCUUGGGGGGUUUGAUAUUCGCUCGUAUUAGCAGGCACAGCAUAGCGCGGUUCAGGUCUUUCAUUCAUUCUCUCAAACCAUAGAGAAGUGCGUUUGGGUUAUUGGUUCUCUAUAUUUUUUUUCUUUUUUCUUCCUUUUGAUUUCGUUUACAGUCACUCCCUCACCAAAGUACCUGGCAAAGUUUGUUGCCAUACCAUACGCGCAUGCGUAGUGCUCUCUUUAAUAUUAUCUUGUUAAUUUCUAUCACACGGGGUGUCUUGACAAUACUUGUGUAUGUAAAACGUACCCUUCGAUACUUGAGCACCGGUGGGCUGGCCUAUUUGUUCAUUCUAUAAUGUGUAUAUUGUAUUAUACUUGUUUUUUUAUUACCUUUUGAUCUCUUUUAUCCUGUUUUCGGCUUGAGCUGUGCUUGUUGCGGGAGAUUCGAGUCUUUUUUUGUGGGGGGGGGGGUUUCUUUUGUAUUUUACUCCUUUUUAUAUAGUUUUCAUCGGAUGUAUCACUUAUAAAA